AUGGAGAAGACUUUCUGGGAGAGACACAGACAUAAUCUUUUCAAAUAUGGAUACGUAUAUGCAACCUUGCUUGGUCUGAGUAUGAUCAAUUAUAUACCGCAACGGUCGACUAACACAUUUGCCCAACGACUUAUAUCGUACUAUAGUCAUGCAUUUAGUUUUUUACUCAUCGUUUUAUUGCCAAUUUAUUUUACUAAAAAUAUGAAUGAUUUAAUCGCCAACUCUGAUGGAAUCUGGCAACUCGAAUUGGUAGUAAAUGUGGGUAAUACUGUUUUCAAAUAUAUUGUUGUGGUAAUAACUUACAUUGCAAAUCAUGCGCAUUACGACCACAUUUAUGAGAUAACGAGUACUCGACAGCGUUUGGAGGAUAUCUUUGAUGCACCUUCCAAUGACUAUCAGACAGACGUACCCAAGCGUCGUUUUGAAACGAUGCUCCUUUUUAAGUUUGGACUAAUAAACUCCACAAUGGGAGUACAGUUGGCUCAUAUAUUAUAUCAAUAUUGUACAGGUGCACCAACAGCACGUGCCCAAUUCACCAUUUACACUUUUGUGCUUUGGAAUUAUACCGAAAAUAUGGCGGAUUAUUUUUUCUUUAUGAAUGCCAGCGCCUUGAAAUUUUGUCGUCAAUUGCACGUUCAACUGAAACAGUUGACACAUAAGAGUUAUCAGGUUUACAAGUUUAAUAGACAAGCAGGACAACGAGGUAUGACCAUGCAACUCUGUGUAAUGCUCUGUGAUCGUUUAGAUAUAUUAGCUCAACGUUACCAUGAGAUAUAUGAGUUAUAUUCCAGUAGUGUACACAUGCAUCAGUGGCAGAUGUUGGGCCUGGUUUUAACCACAUUAAUAAGUAACUUAACUAAUUGCUAUACAAUAUACAGUUUAUUUGUUAAGCAUAAGUUAAGCGAGUAUACAAUUGUGAUUUUGCUUAGCACUAUACAUGCACUUGCUUUCUACUUGGACACCUAUAUUGUGAUUUUGACUAGUGAUAGCCUACAUGAGGAGUUAAAGAGCAUUAAACAAACCAUGAGAUUGUUUAAUGAGAGUUCGAAUCUAGAUAUACGUUUAGACCAAACGAUUGAAAACUUUAUGUUAAAACUUUUAAGCUGCAAAAUCGAUUUGCGCAUUUGUGGUCUCUUCAAAUUGGAUCUUCACUUGGCCUAUUUAAUCGCAGCUACAGCAUUCUCGUAUUUCAUAACUCUUAUACAAUUCGAACUCAACUUAAAUAAUUUACAAUAA